CUAUCUCCAGCUCACAAGAACAAUAUAGCAUUAUGGCAUUGUUAACCGUUUACACUAUAGUAUAUUACAAACCACUGAACCGUAUGCAGAUACUUUUCCUUAUUGAAGGUGCAAGGUAACAUAACUUACAUUGAGAACCGUUCAUCUACAAUGGAAACUAGUAAUAUAGCACCUCGAGGUAUGGUGGUGACUCCUCACCAUCUUGCCACUCAGAGCGCUCUUGACAUCCUCAGGGAAGGUGGCACAGCCAUGGAAGCUACUGUAGCUGCUGCUGCUACUUUAGCAGUCGUCUACCCUCAUAUGAACGGCAUUGGUGGUGACGGCUUUUGGCUCAUCGUACCUCCACACGAAGACCCAAUAGUAAUCGAAGCUUGUGGCAUGGCUGGCAGCUUAGCUACUCCCGACUUUUAUAAAGGUUACGACAAUAUACCUUUCCAAGGACCAAAAUCAGCCAACACAGUAGCUGGAACCGUUGGAGGAUGGAAAGAAGCUUUAAACUACGUGUCUGAAUGUGGGUACCAAAGGAAGUCUGUAUCAAGACUGUUGGCUGACGCCAUAACCUAUGCUGAAAAAGGAUAUGCCAUGACAGCGAGUCAAGAAAACGCUUUGAAAGAUAUAAGAACACAAGGAGUUUUAAGUCAAUUCGCAGAAGUAUUUAUGCCAGACGGUAAAAUACCGACUGUUGGCGAGAGGUUUUGUCAAAAUAAUUUGGCAAAAACUUUAAAACAUUUGGCUGAAAAUGGUUUAAACAGCUUUUAUCGUGGAGAGUUAGCGAAGUUGAUAGUAGAAGAUAUGGCAACACUUGGUAUGCCUAUUACAGAAGCAGAUCUUGCGAACUACUCUCCUGUUAGAAAAGUUCCAUUGAGAUUACUUCAUAGCCAGGGGGAGAUACUUAAUACGCCACCACCGACUCAAGGAGUCGUGUCACUGGCAAUUCUGGGAAUCUUGGAUAAAUUGAAAAUUGAUGGCACAAAUGAAGGUGAACUUAUACACAUGACCGUCGAAGCAACUAAGCAAGCUUUUACUCUACGAGAUCAAUAUAUUACUGAUCCUAAAUUUAUGACAGUGGAUCCAAAAACUCUUAUUGCUGAACGCAAUAUUUUGAAAAUGGCUCAAAAUAUUAAUCGUGAUUGCGCUGCUACAGGCAAGGGCAAAGGGCCCGGUGAUACGAUUUGGUUAGGAGUAAUGGAUAACAAGGGAUUUUCUGUUUCAUACAUACAAAGUUUGUACCAUCAUUUUGGAAGUGGAGUGCUUUUGCCAAAAACUGGAAUAGUUUGGCAUAAUAGGGGAGUCGCAUUCACCUUAGAUGACAAUGACCUGCAGUUUUUGAAACCUGGUAAGAUACCAUACCAUACAUUGAAUCCUCCUGCGGCUCGUUUGAAGGACGGAAGGGUUAUGAUUUAUGGCACUAGGGGUGGUGAUGGUCAACCGCAGACCCAGGCAGCGAUUUUCCAUCGAUACGUGGUACAAGGUAUACCAUUACAGACAUCUGUUUCGCUGCCCAGGUGGUUGUACGGUCGCACGGUUGGCGAUAAGAACGAUAAAUUAAAAGUAGAGGGCAGGUUCUCAGAUGAUAUUGUGAAUUAUUUGAAAGAUAGAGGUCAUGACGUCGAAUAUUUACCAGCUUAUAGCGAAUUAGUAGGACAGGCCGGAGCUUUGGUGAGACAUCCAGAUGGAAUGAUGGAAGGCGCGUUCGAUCCACGAAGCAACGGAAGUGCUGCAGGGUUUUAAUGAGCAUUUAUGCUAUUUAAUAGAUUAAGACUGAUUUUACUUUUUUUACAAUUCAUUUAUAUGAAUAAUGAUAGGUUUUUAUUGACCAAAUGACAAUAGGAUAUUAAAGUGAUAUACUGAAAUGAUUUGAAUAGAGACUAGGCACUUACUUUAUAAAAUUGGGAGAUAAAUUUUCAAGAACGAAAGCCUAGUAGUCUGUCAAUGUCACUGACAAAAAUUUCUUUUUACUAAUUGAAUCUUUUUUAAUGCUUUUGUUAUUCAGAGGCUUUGUUAAAUUCUUGGAAAUGGAAAAGUAAUUUAGAGGCAGAAUUAACAGACAGUGUUGGAACAGUUUUAAAUUAGACAAUCUUUUUGAAAUAUACUCCGUGACUCGAACUGUGGUAGCCAAUAAUUCACUUUUAUUGGAAAGAUAAGGGAAUGAACAAAGAAUGGUGGGGUAUAAAACGUCAUGAAUCAAAAUCCGGUUUUAAAAUCAAACCCAAGAUAGGCAUGGCGUGACCACUGGCAUUUUAAUGGAAGCAGUUUGAUUAAUUUGUUCAUUUGUAUUUAAUUGGAGGAGGAUAUUAUACUUUAAAUAUUAUUAGCAGUCACGAAUGUUUAAAUUCGUGACUGUUCCUAUUGUAAAGUUUUGCUCAUUAUCAAAAUCUAAGUCAAUAAAGUAAACAAUAUACGGCAUUGUUCGAAUUUAUACCCGGAAUCCGCCGCUGCUCAAGGUUUUAUGCAAAUAUCGACUUAAAUGCGUAUAUGAAAUACGGUUACGAUUUACUAUAAAACAUUCCUUAGACACAAUAUUUUAAGUAAAUAGGUUUAAUACAAAGUAUCUAUUAAGUGUAACAAUAGUUAAUGUACUGGGUAUUUUGAUUAAAUAUUUUCAUUUUAUUU